GUGGGGCGCGCGCGCGCCCUCCACGGGGCGCUGCGGGCCCUGCUGCCCGGGGAGCUGCCCGGGCCUCGGCGCGGCGGGCGCCACCCCGCGGGGAGCUGUGCUGGCCCGUCUGGGGCAGGACGAGCCGCAGUUCGGCACCCUGGAGGGCGCCUUCGCGGUGCCGGCGCUGCUGGAGGCUGUGUGUGCUGCCCCGCCUGCUCCCAGUGGAGCGCGUCACCUCCCGGCAUGCCCACUGGCACGGGCUGCCGCUGGCGCUGCAGAACCAGGAGGAGGCGAUACGCGCGCUGAUGGACGGUGGCGACGCCAGGGAGGCGCUGUUGAGGAACAGGGACCUCAUCUUGCAGCAGCCGAGGCUGUUCGCGCCAGGCGUCCCCGCCGCGAGCACCCUGACGCAGAGGAAGGCCUACAGCGAGAGGGUGGUGCCGUCGCAGUCGUGCUGGGUCUGCAUGAGCGAGUUCGCGUGGGGAUCCGACGCCGCGGCCGUGGCCAAGAUGCGAUGCCGAACGUGCGCUGCGAGCUGUCGGGCCGCAGGGCUACGCGGUGCCGCACGAAUUCCACGGCGACGUCGCCUCUGA